AUGGCGGCUUCCUUGCUGAGGAUAGGGCGACUUGGCUCUCUCAAGUGCGUGCAUGCGGAGAGCUGGGGCUCUUUGAGGAGAGCUCCUGCAGCUGUUGCCUUAUGCACGAAUGCUGGUGGUCCCAAGAAGCCCAAGAAGAGCAGUCCAGAGAUUCACCCCUCCUCCGUCCUAGAAAAGUCCCAGGGCAAAACAUACUUCGAUAUAGAGAAGCUUGUCCCACACAGAACAUAUGUGGAAUUUCCCAGGAAAGACACGACACCAGCAACUGCUGCCGCAGCAGAACUUGCUGCCACCCUCAAACCUUUUGAAGCAGUUGCCGCAGAGCCAAUUGUUGCCACCACUGAAGCUGUAGCAGCUCCCGCUGCAGUUGAAGCCACACCAGUUGUAGAAACCGUUGCCCUCUCAGGUGAAGCAGUUGCUGAAGCCGCUGCACCGACUCCAGCCGCUGCUCUGGCAGCUGAAGCUGACCCCAUUGUUGAAGCCAUUGCAGUUGAAGCCAUUGCAGCCGAAGCCACUCCCGUUGUUGCUGCUGAAGCUGCCCCCGCUGUUGAAGCCAUUGCAGUUGAAGCCAUUGCAGCCGAAGCCACUCCCGUUGUUGCUGCUGAAGCUGCCCCCGCUGUUGAAGCCAUUGCAGUUGAAGCCAUUGCAGCUGAAGCCACUCCCGUUGUUGCUGCUGAAGCUGCCCCCGCUGUUGAAGCCAUUGCAGCCGAAGCCACUCCCGUUGUUGCUGCUGAAGCUGCCCCCGCUGUUGAAGCCAUUGCAGCUGAAGCUGCCCCCGUUGUUGCAGCCAAAGCCGUUGCAGUUGAAGCCACCCCUGCCUUUGAAGCUGCUGCUCCUGCUGCAUCUGAAGCUGCCACACCCGCUGUUGAAACCGCCACUGAAGACGCGCCCGCUGUCGAAGCCGUUGCACCCGCUGAAGCCGUUAUACCAGCAGCUGAAGGCCCAGUAGAGGUUGCCCCUGCAGAAGCUGCCCCUGUUGAAGCUGCGGCUGAAGCCCAUGUUGAAGCCGUAGCAGAGGUUCCAGUAGAAGCUGAUCCAGUUGAAGCUGCUGCAGAAGAUGUGGCCGAAGCUGCCCCCGUUGAAGCUGCGACUGAAGCCCAUGUUGAAGCCGUAGCAGAGGCUCCAGUAGAAGCUGACCCAGUUGAAGCUGCUGCAGAAGAUGUGGCUGAAGCUGCAGCCGAAGCCCCUGUUGUAGCUGAGCUUGUGGCUGAAGCUACUGCAGAGGUUGUAGCUGGAGCUGCCCACGUUGACGCUGCCACUGAGGAGCUGGUAGACACCUCCCCUGUAGUGGCGGAGGCUGCAGGAGAGGAGCUGAUUGCAGAGGCCCCGACUGAUGCUGUACCGAUUGAGGCUUCUGAGGCUCAACUGGACCCCAUCCAGAAGCUAUUCCUGCAUUCGAUCCGCGAGUAUUCCUCAAAGAGCGCGGCUAGUGGUGGUUUGGUAGAUGCAGGCCCUGCAUAUGAGAAGAACUUGGCAGAAGAGCUGACUAAACUCCAGAGGCUGUAUGGCGGUGGUGACCUCACAGCUUUCCCAGAGUUCAAGUUCCCAGAGCCCAAGUUGGAGGAAGUUGCCCCCAAGUAAACAUCACCAGUCAACUUUUCUGUUGUCUUUUCCUGUCAAUCUGUUCUUUGAAGCGGAUAUCUAGUAAUAAAUUACAUAGGCUACUAUAUCAAAUCAAGGCUAAAAUAAUGUUUGUGGGGUAUACAGCUGUUUCCGUAUAUCUAGAAAUUGUCUAGCAAAUGAGUCUGUAUUAGACGUAUGUGUUGGAGGACAAGCUGAUGCUGCGCUUUGAGCUGUGAAAUAUGCUUUUGCAUCAGAUGAAGAUCCAGAAAUGUUUAAGUUGGAUAAGUGAAAAAUAAACUGAUCCAUAUUGUUUUA